GGUACGGCAAUCGGCACAGACUCAUGUCUAAAGGCCAAUGAUCAGCCGUCACCUCCUCUUUUCGGCUGGACGGGAACUAAACCGAUUCGACCGCUCGGAUUCAACACGGUAGCACCCGCUGCACUUUCCCCUCCGUAAUGGGCUCUCCACAUUUCCGCUUCAAUGAGUCAAACCGGCAAGACCACAUCAUAAAGUACCUAUCUCAUUCCAAAUCAACUUUGACCCAUUUCCUGAGAACGACACCGUCAAACUUUGAUCUAAUUACCAAACACAAUGGGCAAAUUCCACACCACUCUCUCUCCCUCUCUCCUCCCUUGGAUCCUCUCGCAACCCGUCUUCUUUGUCUCCACCGCUCCCCUUUCUCCCCAGGGCCACAUCAACGUCUCGCCCAAAGGCACCUUCCCCAACGUCAACUCCUUUGGCUACAUUCCCACCCACGAGUCCGAACCAAGCAAGCCAGCCCAAUUCUGGUACCUCGACCUCUCCGGAUCUGGAUCGGAAACGAUUGCCCAUCUGUACGAAAAUGGGCGGAUCACAGUCAUGUUCUGCGAGUUUGGCAAAGCGGCGCCGAGGAUUGUGAGAUUGUUUGGACGGGGAAAGGUGUUGGAGAAUGGGACGAAAGAGUUCCAAGAGUGGACCAAGAAGGAAGGCGUCCAAGUGGUCCCGGGCGCCAGAAGUGUCGUGGUGGUGGAGGUGGAGCUGGUGGGCGAUAGUUGCGGGUUUGGGGUGCCGGUGAUGGAGUUUAAGGAGAGGAGGGAGGUGUUGACUGAUCAUUGGCGGAAAAAGGUGGAAAGGUUCGAGAAGGGACUGAGUAAGGAGAGCGUGGAACGAUACUGGGCGUCCAAGAACGCUUGGAGCUUGGAUGGAUUACCCGGCAUGGAGGUGGCGAGGAAGACGGGCGAGAAGGAGGGGAUUGCACCGAUUGAGAAGAUGGUUGGGCCGAUGGCGAGAAACUUGCCGUAUUCUCGAAGGAAGUGGUACAGCUCAUUGAGCAUUUGGGCGGUGAUGUUGCAGGUUCUCUUGACGGCCAUUGUGGUUCUGGCCGGUGAGAGACUGAUGGGAUUUAGAUGAGUAUCUCCACGGUUUAGAGAACAGUGUUUCCGUCAUUCAUAUCAUGGAUUGUAAUCCCAGGGUCAUAGAAAG